ACCGCCAGGCGGAUGGCGGGGCGACUGGCUGCGGCCGGGAUCGGGCCCGGGGCGCUGCUGGCUCUGCGUGUUCUGUUGGCCGCUGCGCACCCGCAGUGCCUGGACUUUAGGCCGCCCUUCCGGCCGCCGCAGCCGCUGAGCUUCUGCGUGCAGUACUCCGCCUUCGGCUGCUGCACCGCAGAGCAGGACGCGGCACUGGCCCGGCGCUUCCGGGCCCUGGAGAGCCGCCUGGACGCCGGGAUGUGGGCGACGUGUGCCGGCUACGCGCUGGAUCUGUUAUGCCAGGAAUGCUCGCCCUAUGCAGCCCACCUCUAUGAUGCCGAGGACCCUGCCACGCCACUGCGGACAGUGCCUGGCCUGUGUGAGGAUUAUUGCCUAGACAUGUGGCAGACCUGCCGAGGCCUCUUCCGACACCUCUCCCCUGACCGUGAGCUCUGGGCCCUGGAGAGCAACAGAGCCAAGUUAUGCCGCUACCUGUCCCUAGAUGACACCGAUUACUGUUUCCCAAGCCUGCUGGUCAACGAGAACCUGAACUCAAACCUGGGCCGUGUAGUAGCGGACGCCAAGGGCUGCCUGCAGCUGUGUCUGCAGGAGGUGGCCAAUGGGCUUCGGAACCCCGUUGCCAUGGUGCAUGCUGGGGACGGCAGCCACCGCUUCUUCGUGGCAGAGCAGGUGGGGCUGGUGUGGACCUACCUGCCUGACCUCUCUCGCCUGGAGAAGCCCUUCCUGAAUGUGAGCCAAGCAGUGCUCACCUCACCCUGGGAAGGGGAUGAGCGUGGAUUCCUGGGCCUUGCCUUCCACCCCCAUUUCCCACACCCCAGCAAACUCUAUGUCUACUACUCUGUGGGGGUCGGCUUCCGAGAGUGGAUCCGUAUCAGCGAGUUCAGAGUCUCGGCGGAUGAGAACACCGUGGAUCAUGGCUCAGAGAGGAUAAUCCUGGAGAUUGAAGAACCAGCCUCCAAUCACAAUGGGGGCCAGCUGCUCUUUGGGAAUGAUGGCUACCUCUACAUCUUUACCGGAGAUGGCGGGAUGGCUGGAGACCCCUUUGGGAAGUUUGGGAAUGCGCAAAACAAGUCGGCGCUGCUGGGCAAGGUGCUGCGCAUCGACGUGGACCGCAACGAGCGUGGCCUGCACUACCGUAUCCCGCCUGACAACCCGUUCGUGGACGACCCCGGAGCGCGGCCGGAGGUCUACGCGCUGGGCGUGCGCAACAUGUGGCGCUGCUCCUUCGACCGCGGAGACCCGACGUCUGGCACUGGUCGUGGCCGCCUGUUCUGCGGGGACGUGGGCCAGAACAAGUACGAGGAGGUGGACCUGGUGGAGCGGGGCCGCAACUACGGCUGGCGUGCUCGCGAGGGCUUCGAGUGCUACGACCGCAAGUUGUGCGCCAACGCCUCCCUCGAUGAUGUGCUGCCGAUUUUCGCCUACCCUCACAAGCUGGGCAAAUCAGUCACUGGGGGCUACGUGUACCGGGGCUGCGAGAACCCCAACCUCAACGGGCUCUAUAUUUUUGGCGAUUUCAUGAGUGGGCGACUGAUGUCCCUUCGAGAGAACCCAGAGACAGGCCAGUGGGAGUAUAGUGAGGUCUGCAUGGGCCGUGGGCAGACAUGCGCUUUCCCAGGCCUCAUCAACAAUUACUAUCCGUAUAUCAUCUCCUUUGCAGAGGACGAGGCGGGGGAGCUGUACUUCAUGUCCACGGGUGUGCCCAGUGCCACAGCCGCACGCGGGGUCAUCUACAAAGUGAUAGACCCCUCCAGACGGGCGCCUCCAGGGAAGUGUAAGAUACAUCCUGCUCAGGUGACAGUGAAGAGUCGCCUCAUCCCCUUUGUGCCCAAGGAAAGGUUCAUCCGGACACCAGAGAGCACUCCGCAUCCCACGGCCCGCGCCCCCACCAAGGCACCCCGCCGCAGGCGCCCCACGGUCGCUCCCCCAGCUCCCACCCUAAGGCCCACAAAGCCCACAAAACCCGCACGGCCCACCCGGCGACCAGGAGCCCGGAAGGGAGGCGGGCGACGGCGGGGACGUCCGAGCACCGCGGUCCCUGCGCCCCAGAACGGCUCGGUGCGCCUGGUUCGGCCCGCGGGCCUGAGUCCCGGCCGCGGACGCGUGGAAGUGUUUGUAGGCGGACACUGGGGCACGGUGUGCGAUGACUCCUGGGACACCAAGGCGGCCGCUGUGGUGUGUCGCCAGCUGGGCUUUGCGCACGCGGUGCGAGCCACCAAGCGCGCAGAGUUCGGCGAGGGCCGCACACUACCGAUCUUGCUGGACGACGUGCGCUGCGCGGGCAGCGAGCGCAACCUGCUGGAGUGCGCGCACGCUGGCGUGGGCACGCAUAACUGUAAGCACGAAGAGGACGCUGGCGUCGAGUGCAGCCACCAGGACCCGGACCUGUAGACUGGCCUCACCUGCCUGGCUGUGCCACCUUGCCAGGAUGGAACCUAGAAUGGCCCCUUCAGUCUGCGGGCACCCUGUGCAAAA